AUGGCCCUAUUACCUGGAGACCGGAGCGUUAUUUCGAAGACAUUCCAAAAUGUGGGCUGUGACUAUCUAGGCCCAUUUACAACCGACGCCGAUGGUAAAGUCUACAUUGCCCUGUAUACAUGCCUUACGACACCAGCGGUUCACCUCGAGCUUGUUGAGAGCGUCUCAGCAUCUGCCUUCCUCGACAGCUUCUUGCGCUUCAUAAGCCGCAGAGGAGUGCCAAACAUCAUCAGAUCCGAUUGUGGCACAAACUUUGUGCUAGGAGCCAAAGUAAUAGGCACGCUGUUCCAGCGAAGCGAAGAUAACGUACACUCGGUAAUGUCCUACUCGGCAACAAAAGGUAUCAAAUGGGUUUUCAAUCCUCCGGCAUCACCAUGGAUGGGAGGUUUCUGGGAGCGACUCGUCGGAACCGUGAAAAGAUGUCUCAACAAGACCAUUGGUCGCAAAAAGUUAACAUACACCAAAUUGUUGACAGUGCUGACAUGUAUAAAAGCGGUGGUUAACACCCGUCCGCUAACAGUCCUUGAUCCACAGGACAUAUCCAGUAUACCUCUACGACCCGUAGACUUCCUCCAAGGCAACCUCAAAUUCGCCUUACCUGAAGCCAGUAACAAGGAAGAGCUAGAUGAUCCCACCUACAAUGAUGCUACAAUAGAUACUGUCGAACAGGCGAAAGAAGCACUUAAAUUUGCAGAGGAGGUUGCGAACUCCUUCUGGAAUAGAUGGCACAAUGAGUACCUAACCGAGUUGCGGGACGCGCACAAAGCUGUGCAUAAGCAGCAGAAACAUACAUCGCGCUCGCAGCCAGAGAUAGGAGAAAUCGUGCUCAUACAGCAAGAUGGAAUUGUAACUAGAAGUAAUUGGCCUCUUGGCCGAGUCGUCGAACUUGUCAAAAGUUCAGAUGGACUGAACCGGACAGCUAAAGUCCUUACUUCAUCACGUAAAACUAUCAAGCGACCUAUUUCGAAACUUACUUCUCUCGAAAUAAGGAGCAAGAUAUAUGAGAAUGAUGGCAACAAAAGAUCCACAGGUCAAAAACAGCAACAGCAGCCGACAAGAAUUCUUCCUCCCAGAAAGGCGAAGCAAAACAAAAAGUACUAUGACGAAUUUCCCAAUGAAGAGGAGCUCUCACAUUCUCACAUAGUAGCUACCUCAAAUACCAUAGCGACGAGAUUCCUAUACCCACUUCUCGUUCUGGCUUUGGUCCACACGAGCAACGCAUCGCACAUACUAUGCGCAGAAGGGAAAGUCUCGGUGAAACCAUCUUCUGACACAUACACACUCUGCCUCAAUGAUGCCUGCCGUAACCGAACCGUCAAUGACACCAGUACAUUUGUACUACCCCCAUCAGCUCACCAUAGUCAUGUGAACUUGACACUUCACAGUCAUGCUGAAGCCAGUGGGCAGCAAAGCAGAAUGUGCCGGCGUAGCAAGUUCUGUGACGACAAAGCGAUAUUCACUUUGUCGUUGCUAGGGAAUCCUCAUUGCUGGCCCUUUGGAGCCAUUUUCACAGCAGUCUGCAUUGUAGCGACAGCAAUACUUCUCGUGGUAUUGUGCUCCAUGGUCGUGAAGAAAAUAGUACCGAAGUGCAGCACCCAUCCCAUAACGAAAUUGCGCAACCAGAGUCCAGCGGUUCGCACUCAUGUGGACAUGCGACCAUCAAAGUUCGUUGUGGUUGCGCUACUUGCUCUAACAACAGUGCCCUCAGAAACCCACGCUUGUCAACACCCCCAUACGCGUCACAGCACGGAGCUUGUUUGUAACGAUUCAAAUAUGUGCACGAUCGAGUAUGAGCGAGAAGUUCUAUUCAAUAAGCUUCACAGGGAGGUAUGCGUGUAUCUAAAAUACCGAAAUCAAACCAUAGGGAACCUUGAAAUAAGUCUGGAGAGGACACGUCAUAAGUGCAACAAAGAAACGCUCCUCUAUACAAGAGACACGUCGCCAAGAGUAUUUUCUGAAAAACGAUGUCCUUUCAUGGGUUCCUGUCUUGGGGACACGUGUUUCAAUCUUCGAGCAAAUGAUAGCGUUCCCGAACUGCGUGAAGCAGAAGUAUAUCCCGGCUACUCUAAAUGCAGCGAGACAUGUGGAGGUAUCAUAUGUGGAUGCCUAGGUCUUCCGCUUGCAGGAUGUCUGUUGUAUCGAAUUGCUCACAUGCCUCUCGAUAACGUUGUAUACCACAUAUACAGGUGUCCUUCAUGGAGCCCCGAGGUUCAUGUGAGAGUUCGAUCCACAUCCGCUGGCAAAGAAACAUCUCAAUCUGUUCAACUCCAUCCUUACGUCCAGGCGAAUGUGGCUGGAUGGAACAUGAGAGUUCUCUCUCUACAGCACCUCUUUGCGGCUGCCGCCAACAGAAGGUUUGCAGAAUCGCAGAAAACUCACAUGAUUCUAGACGAUGGGUUCAAAGUGGCAGUCGAAUGCCUUAGCGCAGACGCUGCUUUGCGGAGAUUCAGCUCAUGUAGAAACAGAAUCAUGUGCGCAUGUUCAACGAAUUCGAAUGCAGCCCGAUGUCUAUGCCCUCAACACACUUUCAGAGCAAUGCGAAAUUCUACUGCGGUUCUACCGCUCUCCACAGUGCACUGCAAUAUUUCAGCAGCAGACACAGUUUCGAUCGACUCCCAUGAAGCAGAAGUAACGAUGGUAAUUACUUCUCGAAAAGAAAUUCAAAUGACCUUGAUAGCCAUAGAUCCUUCCUGCACCAUAAAUGCAACGAACGUCACAGGCUGCUACAGUUGCACAGAGGCGGCCAAAACAACCGUCUACUGCUAUUCCGAAAAGCCUCGUGAAUUGGCACUAGACUGCUCACAUCAAACAUUUCUCCUCAAGUGCUCAACAAAAAGUGAAGCAAACCAUCUCAAGCUCGAAUACAACCACGCGCAUGUACAAGAUCGCUGCCGAUAUCAGUGUGGGGCACAAACGCACGAUAUUCUCCCAGCGGGAAAAUUACUGUAUCAUAGCAGUAUGACGGACGACGAAAUUUUUGAUAGCGCAAGUAAAAAAGUGAAUGGCAGCUUGUGGGACGGCUUCUCAAUCCCAGAUAGGAGCCCGCUCAUGAUGGCUUUCGUACAGCAUUGGAAAAUAUCACUGAGUGUGAUAGCAGCCUUCGCUAUAGUUGUUCUUUUGAUCUACGCUUUCGGUCUUUCCGUUAUCGUAGCCCUCAUCAAAGUGAUCACUGCAAUCGUCGAGCUGCUUUUACACACACUGUUCGCAUGUCUUGGCGGCGCCCUCAAAGCUUGCCUCCAGAGAGCAGUCAAUGACUCAACGAAACAGUAG